GACUUUCAGACACAGAGGAAAACCUCCACGGGGAGACGGGAGCACCUGAUUGGCUGACGGGUCUUUAAAGGACACCAAUCAGACAGCAUCCUUGCUGUGUGACUGCGUGUUUCCCCUCUCCAUCUCCGAAUGCACCAUGAUGCUGAGAUCUGGAGCAGUCACUGAAGGGGAGAGGCAAUGACAGGCUUGCUGGAGGAAUAGAUGAAAAAGGGAUAAAAAGAAGCGAUUCCGCUUGGAUGAGAGCACUGAGAGAAGGGAUGCUGAGGAGAGAGGGGUAGCGAAAAGACACAAAGAAGAAAAAAAGAGAGAGAGAGUGAGAGAGGAGGAAGAGGAAGAGAAGGAAGAGACGAUCUGCUGAGGGAGAGCAGCAGCAUCGUCGAUUUUUACCAGACCUUGUAGGCAGCUGUCUUCUGUUGCCGUGGCGAUGGGCUGCUGGCUUUCUGGACCAUGGAUGGGCGAGAAAACGAUGAAUGGGCGGAGUCUAGCACACCUAAGCCAACGGGAUGCCCUGCGUCUCAUCGCAGCCAGUCAGCGUCCAAUCACCUUGCAGAUCAAAGGCCAGAGGAGGCGGGGYACUGAUGCAAGCAGGGGGUCCUGGGAACCACUUCCCCUCAACCUGCAGCACCUCAACCUACCUCUUCCACCUAUGGGGGCGGGCAUGAACACGUCUAGCCCCUCCUACCAAGACAGACAUUAUUACAAUCAUCUGUCUCUGCCGCAAGACCACUGUGAUGCGGGACGAUACAGCUACCUGUCGAGUUCUCCGCAGGACACAGUGGACAUCAACCAUCAAGAUCUAGAACUUGCUGGCCGUCGAACAAAGAGACGGAACUGCCUGACGGGAUGUUGCAACGCUGACUUAGAUGAACCGACCACCUGCAACAGCCAGACCGAUGAUGAGGACUUCAUACUGGAGAAGCCACUGGGCUUCAUGCCUCUUCACCAUGAACUGGAUAGUGGACUGGGCUGGACCGACGGCUCCCUUCACCAGGGAGACUUGUCAGGGCUGGAGACYGAAGAGGGAGGUCUGGAGGACUGUCACCCACAUGGGAACCACGCGGCGGCAGGCUGCGGGGGGUUCGGCGGCGGGGGCUCUCCAUCCUCCGAGUCCUUCAUCUCCUCGGAGCUCAGCGACUCGGGCUUCUACAGCGUGAGCACCGGGGAGUUCAGGCACUUCCAGAGGCUGCUGGAGAAGAGGAUGCGUCUGUACAACGCAAGGAUGCAACAUCAGGGCGAACCGUGCGAGAGACGGGAGAGGAGGGACAGCUGCCCCAAGAGCCACCGCGAGCUGCUGGAGGCCAUACCGGAGGCACUGACGAUGCAGCCUCAGUGUCAGCACCUGCAGCACGGCAUGGAGGACGGAGCUGGACCCAUGAUGGAUGUCCCACCUCGUGGACUUUUCAGGGUUUCAUCAGUCCAGUUCCAUAAAACUGACAGACCCUGUCUGAACCGGCACAGCUCCAGCAGCGGAGCGCUCUUCAACCCCAACAAUGCCGCCGUUUCACGAAUGACGGCACCAGUCCUCUCCACCUGCAGCACCCCCUCCAGCCACCGACGUCCACACAUACCCAUGCAGCAGCAGUUCCACCAUCAGGGCUCCAGCUCGGUGGGAGUGCUGAGGAGGAGCCGGACCAUGCACCAUCGCCCUCCUCCGCAGGARUACCGCCGCCGGGCAAGCCACCCAGCGUCCCCUUCUUAUUGUGCAGCGACGAUGCACUACUGUGGAGGGGGCGCGCCACGAAGCGCCCUGCCACCUGGACUGCCAGAGGAAGGCGAGCUAGAGGCAGGCGUGAUGGCUGCCCGUCCAGCAGGCAUGGCUCUGUCACCCCAGCAACAUCCAGCUGCUCUGGUGCACAUGAGAGGUGCCAGCAACAACAACGAGCGGUGCUACGACAACAAUGGACAGAUUGCUCACAGUGACUGGUGGCACUCCCAAGAACGAGGCCUGAUGCCUGAACCCAUGAUGACAGAACGGGAAAGGGAGCUGGAAAGGGAGCUGGAACAGAAAAGACAAAUGCAAAAGGAGAAAGAGCUGGAGAGGGAGAGGGAGGCAAAGAUCCAGGAGGAGAAAGAACGAGAGAGGCAGCAGGAGCUSGAGAGGAGCCGAGCCGGCGAGCAGCAGCCUCUUCUGAGUCACGUCCACCCUUCGCAGGCUGGAGACGUCAACGACACGUGGCCCAAGCCGGCCAGCCGUCAGUCGCACGGUGGUGGGGGAGGCAGAGGUCUUUACAGCACCCUGGAGGGCCACAUGGGGGCAGGAACCGCGGCCGGAUGCGACGCCAACAAGGGGCAAAUGAAYGGGAAUCCGAGCCCCAACCCCAGCUGUGGUCUACAGCCGAAGCUCAACCCGAGCUACAAGCCCAGCGCGGCGUCACGGAUCACCAGGAGCCAGCUGCUCAGAGACCGGGCGUCUCAGCUGGCCGACGAGCGCAGCGGGAUGAGCACCGACGAGGAGACCAGCACCGACAUGCUGCGGGGUCGAUACUGGAGCCGGACGGAGAGGAAGGAACACUUCCUGUUGGCUCGCGAGCAAAAGCAGCAGCAGCUGCUGGCCAGAGGCUUGACUGUACGAGACAGCAUUGGCAGGGGAGGAGCCUCUUUCGGGGACGGCGCCGUGCUGGAGAGCCGAGGAGUUGGACCGUUUGCGGAGGGAAGGUGCAACACGGUCCUGGAACUGAGUCAAAGGAAGCUGAGUCGUCUGAGGAACAGAAAGCUGUUGGAUGACUGGACGACAGUGGAGGAGCUGCUGACUCAUGGGACCAGGCUGGACAACCAGGAGGACAUGCUGUGUCCAAGCUCCCUGCUCACAGUUACCACUGUCUAACUGCAGGGAGAUGAUGUCUGAGUCUGUAAAUUUAAACAAUACAACUUUUUGUAAAUGCUCCGUUUUUCCAGAAUUCGGUGAGAAGGUGGAUAUCAGCUCAAACAGGCAUCCAAUAAUAAAAAUAAAAGCUGGUGGACAGAGAUGA